ACAUGGGGAUACAAGAUAAAAAUCUUGUUAUUUCUUCAGAUUGUCUUCAGAAGUACCUCGCAUCAACAUAAGGACUUCGUAUACACGUAUUAUCGAUCGUGACUGGAGGUACUAAUCUUGAGAACUCUAUCGAGGCUCGUCAUGCUGAUCUCAGAGGGCAAUUUGACAUCUUGGGCCAGCAACUGGACAACGUUGUUGCACCAGGUGUCUUGCAAUGACACUCUUUUGAGCUGCACCGAGGAGUGCGACAUCAUUUCCAGCGGAUUCAAUCAUCUUUGCACUACAAUCGAGAGAGGAACCUUCUCCGCUUCAUCGAUGACACUUUUGUGCACACCCUGUGAUUAUACGAGUUGCAAUGUUAAUAUAUCUUUGUUCCUCAACGGCCUUGAGAACAUUGAAGGCGUCUUUCUGUCCAGAAUACCGAUAAAGAAUUGCAAUGUCACGUCCAUCGAAGAAGAAAUUUUGGAGUGUUCGCCAACUGGGAGCAUCGCCGACGAUCUGGCAGUGUCCUGCUCGCACCGAUCCAAGAUCGGUGGCGCGGGAACGAAGUCACGUCGCUUCGAUUGGAGUUUUCUGUUUGUGGUAGUGUUCAUAGCUGCCGGCGGACUGGGAAAUAUAUUGGUUUGCCUGGCGGUGGGACUGGACAGAAGGCUCCAUAACGUGACGAACUAUUUCCUGCUGUCGCUGGCCAUGGCUGAUCUCCUGGUCAGUCUCUUCGUCAUGCCAUUGGGUGCCAUACCUGGCUUUCUAGGAUAUUGGCCGUUCGGCGUCGUGUGGUGCAACGUAUACGUGACAUGCGACGUGCUCGCGUGUUCGGCGAGCAUAAUGCACAUGUGCUUCAUCUCCCUGGGCCGUUAUCUGGGUAUCCGUAAUCCGCUCAGGACACGUCACACAUCGACGAAACGAAUGGUGGGCUUCAAGAUCGCCGCGGUCUGGCUGCUGGCUAUGUUGGUUUCCAGCUCCAUCACGGUGUUAGGCGUAAUUAAUCCCUCAAACAUCAUGCCCAGGCCAGGAGUAUGCGUCAUCAAUAAUCGGGCGUUCUUCGUGUUCGGCUCCCUGAUUGCCUUCUAUAUUCCUAUGAUCGUCAUGGUGGCGACUUAUAUAUUGACAGUGCAGCUGUUACGCAAAAAGGCGCGAUUUGCAGCUGAGAACCCGGAAGGGGAUCAAUUUCGUCGAUUAGGUGGCAGAUAUGCAUCCACAAAAACGACAUCGUCGACAGCAUCAUCGUCAUCUACAAUGGCGACCACGACUAUUGGUGUGCAAUCAUCAGCAAGCCCCUCGGCAAGACAGGUUCGCUCUUCUAAUUGCAGCGCAGAAAAAGAGAGCAGCGACAAAUGCGGAAUUGUGAGAAAGGUUCUGCCGCAUUUAAAGUUAACAGCGAACGGCGCCGGAAGUCCCGCCGCAGGAUCUCGGCUCAAGUCGAAAGUGGAUCAGGCGACCCAAACGCCAGAGAACAUCGCACGUGAAACACGGAAUUUCACCCUGAGGGCUCUGAAAUUGCAAUUGAACGUCACACCUACCGCCCUGAAUCUCAGGUUUCUGGCGGGUCGGACAAAAAAAAGAUCUCUGUCCGCGAACGCAGUCGCGACCGAACAGAAAGCUAGCAAGGUCCUGGGACUGGUGUUUUUCACAUUCGUGUUAUGUUGGGCACCGUUCUUCCUACUCAACAUUUUCUUCGCCGCUUGUCCCAGAUGUUCCGUGCCAAAACACGUAGUGGACACGUUCCUCUGGCUAGGCUACGUAUCUUCGACAAUCAAUCCGAUCAUCUACACUAUCUUCAAUAAAACCUUUCGAAUGGCAUUUAUUCGCUUACUAAAGUGCAAAUGUUCCAGGUCUGCAAGGCCUUCGAGAUAUCGCUCGGUUACGGGAAGCGGAAGGGGAGCGGUGGGUUUGUGCACGUCGGGUGCUCUUCCACUGGCCAUCAGUUUUCAGAAUACGCCCUUGUUAACUCCAACGCCAAAUCCUGCAUCGACGCCAGCAUCGGGAAGCUCUUUCGUGACAAUGAUGCACCGAACGCCGAGCUCGUUGUACCAAGACACCUUCCUAAUUCACGAACGCGAUCGGAACGAUCAUUAAACCCUUAUCGUAUUAUUUCGAAAAACCACACUGCACAAAUGCAAUUUUUGUUUUCUCUGUGAAAACGAAGGCGAUCUUAAACAUUAAUGUACAUAGAAUGUAAAUAAAGUUUGUUCUAUAAUUAUAAUAUUCUUUGUUAUGUCUGAAAACUAUGCGCAAUAUUUCGGUUCGCAGAUUCGAAUUCCACUUUUUUAAUUGUAGUCACCUAAUUAAUUAAAUAACUUCUCUAACUAAAAUUAACCAAGAAGGCAGAAGAAAGUUUCAAGCUUGUUGUGCAGUGUUCAUUCAUCGAGAAAAUCAAAAUAAUUUUCUGUUAAGUAUUUGACAAAUUUUUAAAGCUGUUUAAUGAUUAAACAUUGUAGGAAUUGAAUCCAGAUAUUCAUGUGCGACAUGUACAAAACAAAAUAAAAAAAUAUUGUUGUUUUAGUA